AUGCCAAUUGCGUCGGCAGCGAGGGACCAGAUCAAACUGCUGCCCUGCAAACACCUGGGCCACGUCGAGUACGUCGAGCGGCCGUCAGCAGCAAACUACAGGGCGUUUUUCCUCAACCUCACGCCGCAGGAACAGCACUACGUCGACCACACGCUGCACGGCUCAGCCCCGGCACCUGCACCGGCACCACACCUCGCCCCUGUCCCCGUCGCCCUGCCGCUGUUGCCCGAUUUCGUCUGCAACCACCUCAACUGCACCAUCGACGUGCGCAUCCCGCGCUACCAGCUCUACCACAACGACAACGUCUACCAGCGCCAUGUGUGGGGCACCGACGUGUACACGGACGACAGCGACGUCGUGGCCAUUCUCUACCACUGCGGCAUCCUGCAGAGCACAGACCCGCUCGCUGACGUCAGCCCUCACCCUCAAGUUGCCCCUUUGCCCGCAGAGCCCCGCUACCCCGUCCAGCCCGACAGCCCCGCCGCAGACGUCUCCGACGUGCUUGUCGUGCGUCUCCGCAUCCUUCCGCCCCUGACCGCCUACCACGGCUGCUACCGCCACUGCUACAACUCCCGGACCUGGGCCGGCCCGGCGCAGCACGACGGCGCCAGCGUCGCCAUCGACAGCGUACGCUGGUGCCGGAGGUGCAACCGCGGGCCGGGUCUACGUGAACUCCGCUGA